CCAAAACGACGCGGUUUCAAACAACAACAACAAAAAAAAAAAACAAACAAGUGGGAUAGCUGAGCUGAGCUCCGGGCGGCAACCUCCUCCUCCUCUCUCUCAUCAUCAUCAUCUUCGUAAGAGAAAUGGCGAGGGUUCCUUGUGACUUGAGAUUUCUUCUCAUACCGGCAGCUUUCAUGUUCAUUUACAUCCAGAUGAGGCUUUUCCAGACGCAAUCACAGUAUGCAGAUCGCCUCAGUUCAGCUCUCGAGUCAGAGAACCAUUGUACUAGUCAAUUGCGAUCCCUCAUUGAUCAAGUAAGCACUAAACAGUCCCGGAUUCUCGCUCUCGAAGGUAACUACUCUCAAUCCCUCUUCUUCUUUUCCCUUUCCCUUCCUUUAUCACCUUUCUUUCUUGUAGAUUUGAAGAACCGCCAGGACCAACAACUCGUGCAGCUUAAGGAUCUUAUCCACACCUUUGAAAGUAAAGGGAUAGCAAAGCUCACUCAAGGUGGACAGGGGCCUCUGGCAGCUGUUGUGAUUAUGGCCUGCAGUCGUGCUGACUAUCUUGAACGCACUGUCAACUCUGUUUUAAAAUAUCAAAGUCCCAUUGCUUCAAAGUAUCCUCUCUUUAUUUCUCAGGAUGGAUCUAAUCAAGCCGUCAAGAGCAAGUCUUUGAGCUAUACUCAACUAACGUAUAUGCAGCACUUAGAUUUUGAACCAGUCAUCACCGAAAGGCCUGGCGAACUGAUUGCCUACUACAAAAUUGCACGUCACUACAAGUGGGCACUAGACCAGUUGUUUUACAAACAUAAAUUUAGUCGAGUGAUUAUACUAGAAGAUGAUAUGGAAAUUGCUCCAGACUUCUUUGAUUACUUUGAGGCUGCAGCUCGUCUCAUGGAUAGGGAUGGAACCAUUAUGGCUGCUUCAUCAUGGAAUGAUAAUGGCCAGAAGCAGUUUGUGCAUGAUCCCUAUGCACUUUACCGAUCAGAUUUUUUUCCUGGCCUGGGGUGGAUGCUGAAGAGAUCGACUUGGGAUGAGCUAUCACCAAAGUGGCCAAAGGCUUAUUGGGAUGAUUGGCUGAGAUUGAAGGAAAACCAUAAAGGCCGCCAAUUUGUUCGACCAGAAGUCUGCCGAACAUACAAUUUUGGUGAACAUGGGUCUAGUUUGGGACAGUUUUUCAGUCAGUAUCUGGAACCUAUAAAGCUAAAUGAUGUGAAGGUUGACUGGAACGCGAUGGACCUGGGAUACCUGACAGAGGGAAACUAUACCAAGUACUUUUCUGGCUUAGUGAGACAAGCACGACCAAUUCAAGGGUCUGACCUUGUCUUAAAGGCUCAAAAUAUAAACGGCGAUGUUCGUAUCCGGUAUGAAGACCAAGCAGAGUUUGAACGCAUUGCAGGGGAGUUUGGCAUAUUUGAAGAAUGGAAGGAUGGUGUGCCCCGAACAGCAUAUAAAGGAAUAGUUGUGUUCCGAAUCCAGACUACUAGACGUGUAUUCCUGGUAGGCCCAGAUUCUGUGAUGCAGCUUGGAAUUUGAAAAUCCUGAUGCAAAACAAAACACAUAUGAAAGCAAAGGAAGAUCAUUUUGACCACAGGCAGCCUUUCUUCAAACAGCUGUUUGCACUUUCUGGCUGUAUAAUUCAAGGAUGAGUUUGUAGACAGGGGGUGGUUUAACUUAACAGCUAGAAAGCUCUGGUGACCUGUGUCAUAGGUUUUAAAGUCAAGGGAACCCACUCCUUUAAAGGAGCAGACUUAAAACACAUUUCAGUCGUUAUAUAACCUGAUUGUUUUGUUG